AUGCUUCAGGCAAAGGCCAACUUUAUGCGCAACCCACGGCACAUCCCUGGUCCGCUUGCAGCUAAAGGCAGGUCACUUAUCAAGGCAAUGGAUAAAAAGAUUAAAGUAAAUAAAACCAGCACCGAAGCUGACCUAAUUGUGUUUGUGCCAGAGCCACCUGUUGUUGAGUUCAGGAAUUAUAAAGUUGGAGAAGUCUAUGAGAUAACACUGGAGCUCAAGAAUGUGACUUCAGUGAUGCAGCAGUGUCGCAUGCUACCUCCUUCCAGUAAUGUAUUUUCUGUUGGAUUAGGUCAGUUCCCUGGGGAUAGUGGACUUGUGGCACCUGGUAUGAGCUGCACAUAUGGGAUCAGGUUUACUCCUCAUUCUCUAAGAAAUUAUCAGGACUACAUCACUGUGCAGACACAGGCAGAGUACCCUACUGUCAUCCCUCUGACAGCUCAACGACCACCUCCACAGUUAACAUUACCAAGUGAAAUUGAUAUUGGGAGUUGCCUGGUUUGUGGAUCUCAGGCCACACAGCUGCUUGUCAAGAAUGUAGGAGGCCAAGGUCGAUUCUGUCUCAUGCCUCGAAGUAAAUGGCCAACAGCAAGCAUCAGGUCUGUGCUGCCAAAUGUCACAAAGACCAUGAUUAGGCAGCCACCAUUUGACAUUUAUCCAGCAACCUUUCAACUUGAGUCCGGCCAGUCUCUUGCCCUAGAGGUUAUUUUCAGUCCCCAGUCGGAGAGAAUCUAUAUCCAGGAUUUGACCAUUACUUGUGACAAUUGCCAGAUUUCUCACUUUAAACUGAAAGGAGAAGGUGAAAUUGCCAAAAUUAGCCUUGUUGAUGUUGAAAUGGGUUUGAGUGAACCUCAGCCUGGGGAGUUUGUUGAUGUCAGCACGAGAAAUCUGGUGAAAUUUGAGGAUCUAAACCCAUAUACUUAUACUGAGAGAGUAGCCAUAAUUAGCAAUUGCACAAAAACUGAACUACACUACCAGUGGAUGAUUUAUAAACCAAUAGUGACUUCUUGCUUCCCUGAUGUCCAGCAUAAUAUCAAUACCUCUGAGGAAGAAAGAGUUCCAGAUCUGCAGUCAGCUUUUAGUGUUUAUCCUAGCAACGGAGUGCUACUGCCCACUCAGACAGCAGAAUUCAGACUGACCUUUGCUCCUUCUGCAGAAGGUGACUUCCACAGUGUUGCCCACAUGCUUAUACAGAACACUCCACCACAAAAGUAUGGGAUAUCAAUGGCUGGCAGCAGGAAAACAACAUUGUAUGAUAUUGAAGGACUGGGAGAUGAAGACAGCAUCCUUGAACAAGGAGGAUCAGUUUUACCAUUCAGAGACAUCAUGGCUCUGGGACUGGAGAUGAAAGGCAAGUGUGUGCCAUUAAAUGUGGUUCUUCAUCCUUAUGCACUAAUCAUCCAGGCACCAAUUUUGAGAGGUUCAACUAUCAAGAAACUGUUCACAAUGGCCAACCACAGCUACUCCACCAUUACAUUUAAAUGGCAAUCCUAUACAGAGAGCUAUAUUAUAGAGGUUGAGCCUCCUUUUGGUGAUUUAGAACCAGGCAUGGCCAUGGAUUUUGAAAUGAAUGUGACAGGAGUGGAGCCAGGAGUCAUCAGUCACACAGUACUGUGUCAUAUUCUCAACAUGAUGCAGCCCCUACACUUUCUAGUAGAAGCAGAGUUUACGGGGCCUGAACUAAAGAUAGAAGAACCAUCAAUCAACUUUGGCCUCAUUCGAGUUGGUCAGUGUGAAAUUAGGGAAAUGACCAUCAUCAAUACCUCUGAGACCGUUGUGAAGUUCACCAUUACUGACUGUCCAGUUGACAAGGAUUGUGAGGGCUUUUCACUACUCAGGGAGCUGAGUAUCUCUGAAACAUCUGGUGAACUGAAACCAUUUGCUAGAGUAGCAGUAACCUUGACCAUGAUACCUGCAUUUGCUCAUACCAUAAGAAGAAUGUGCAGUGUAGAGUAUGAAGGUGGAAAAACAUGCACAGUUGCAGUGUAUGCUGAAGCUCAGAACCCAGUGGUGUGCUUCCUGGAGUGCAGCAAAUUUUUACCUGAUGUCUACCUCAAUGUUCCAGCUGUGUUCACAGUUGAUCUUCAUAAUCAGACUUUGUUGCCUACCACCUACAAAUGGGGCACAGUGACAGGUCCUCAGUGUGAUGACUGCCAGGUAGAAGUUGUUGAAGAGGAAGGUGAAAUCCUUAGCUGGCAACAGAAGACACUUUCAGUAGCUUUUACACCUCUGAAACCAGUGUCAUUUUCUGAUGUCAUACUUCCAUGUCGUAUUGCUGGUCAAGAUGAGGAUAUUUUUAUUAGGAUAAACUGUGAGGUCAAAACUCUGACUGUUUCAUUCAAAAUAUCAUCUGAUGGUAGAGAAUUUAUAGAUGACACGAAGCUGAACUUUGGAGACAAGGUUAGCAUUGGCCAGACAGUGACAAGGUAUGUGAUGUUAUGUAAUCAGACAGCCAUACCCUCAACGUUCUCUGUGAGAGUGGAGCACUUUGAGGCCGCCACAGCGCCACUUCCACCAUGCAGUCAGAUAGAUACAGUUACCAGCCAAAAGAAAAAUCUUCUCAGCCAGACUUCAACUUUUGGCAAAACUCUGUGUAGGAAGAGUACAGGACAAAUGAUCCAAGAUUACAAUCAAGAGAUCUUGGGUGAAGGAAAAGGUCUGGCAUUUGUAGUUCAUCCUUCACAAGAACACCUGCAGCCUUAUGGUUCACAUAUUAUUGAGAUCUCAGCUCACAACAACAUGUGGGGACUUUAUCGUGACAAUUUGAUUUUUCAGGUGGGAGAUCUUCCAGAAAUGAAGAUACCAAUGGACAUAAAUAUCAUUGGCUGUCCACUGAGUUUUCUGUUGACUGGUGGUUUACAUGGAGAAGAGACUACAGUGAGAUUUGGCAGUCAUAUUGCAGGUUCUGGUCCCAUUACACGGAAACUCAGGAUUAAAAACUCCAGCCCUGUUGACAUUAGAGUAGAUUGGCUAGUGUAUACAUAUGAGGAUGAUACAAGCAAGCUGGUUGAUUUCAUCACAUUCUAUGGUAGAGCAUUCCCACAGAAUGAAGUGUUUUUAAGUGAAGCUAAUGAUGCUGAAGAAUCAGCUUCCGACAAUCUUAGAGAAGUAACGAGUUCAGACCAGGUGUUGUCCACUGUAAGUGAGACUGUGACCUCUAGCAACAUGGAGCUUGCUAAACCUGCUAUGAGCAAGACAAGCAAUGCAUCAUCUGAUGAACAAACUCAAGUUGUGUUCUGUUGUCUUCGACCUCACAAAGGCAUCGUCAGCAAGAGUCCUUUCAGCAUGAGACCUUUCCAAAUGGUGGUACCAGGAGCAAGCAGUGCCUGUGUGGGUGUCACCUUCAACCCCCAGUUGAUUUCUGAAGUUGCUGAAGAAAUGAACUUUGAGGGGUAUGCUGAAGGUUUUCUGAGUCUUGAUAAUGAGGAUGAAGACAGUCAGUAUGUCAAGAGGUCUGAGGCUUAUUUUGCUGAGCAGCUCACACUGAAUAUGAGUGCACAUUUGAGACCUCCAGUAUUAACCAUUGAGGACAUGGAAGAGGAUGUGAUCAAAUUCACAGCAGCUGUCAGUGACAUUUUUAGAGAUAAUGAGAUUCUGAAGGAGUUCCUGCAUACCUACUCAAUCAAACUGAAAAAUGAUACACAGGCUUCAAUAACGUUCAAGAUGAACGUCAAAGAACCAUUUCUUCUGGUAGACAUAGAUCCUUCCAGCACACAGGGGGCAUCAAAUCAAUCCACAGAGACUGAAUUUUGUACUCUGAAACCUGGACAUUACCUUGUG